CUUCAAAUGAGCUCGGAGCAUUCCGCCGGCCCCGCUUCAAAUCGGAUCGGGGCAUUUUUGCGACCGUUCAGUCCCGUCCUGUCUGUCAUUUCGGCUUUUACGGCUCCGAGGCCACGCGAAAGCGCGACGCGCCGGCUUUUUUUUUUUGAGAUCGGCGUGACGCUCUGACCUUGCUCCUCCCGGCUACCCUGGACGCCGCUGAAAACAGUCAGACGACGCGGCCAAGGCCUGGCGCGAAGCUGGCGAGCGGUAGAGCGCGGCCAGACGGUGGCGGAGUCAAGUGGACGACGACUUCAUCGGUCUCAGCGAGCUCCCGGAAACCUUCCCCUCGGACCCGCCCGAGCCGCUGCCCGUGUUCCUGAUGGAGCCCGAGGAGGCCUACAUCGUCAAGAACAAGCCCGUCAACCUGUACUGCAAGGCCACGCCCGCCACGCAGAUCUACUUCAAGUGCAACAGCGAGUGGGUCCACCAGAAGGAGCACACGGUGGAGGAGCGCGUGGACGAGAACUCCGGCCUGGUGGUGAGAGAAGCCAGCAUCGAGAUCACCCGGCAGCAGGUGGAGGAGCUCUUCGGACCCGAGGACUUCUGGUGCCAGUGCGUGGCCUGGAGCUCGGCGGGGACCACCAAGAGCCGCAAAGCCCACGUCCGCAUCGCCUACUUGAGAAAGACUUUUGACCAAGAACCGCUCGGGAAGGAAGUCUCACUGGAGCAGGAAGUGUUGCUCCAGUGCCGCCCACCCGAAGGCAUCCCAUUGGCUGAGGUGGAGUGGCUGAAGAACGAGGAGGUGAUCGACCCCGCCGACGACCGGAACUUCUACAUCACCAUCGACCACAAUCUGAUCAUCAAGCAGGCGCGACUCUCUGACACGGCCAACUACACGUGCGUGGCCAAGAACAUCGUGGCCAAGCGACGCAGCACCACCGCCACGGUUAUUGUCUACGUAAAUGGCGGCUGGUCGACAUGGACGGAGUGGUCGGUGUGCAACAGCCGCUGCGGGCGGGGCUACCAGAAACGCACGCGCAGCUGCACCAACCCGGCGCCGCUCAACGGCGGCGCCAUCUGCGAGGGGCAAGGCAUCCAGAAGCUGCCGUGCAAUCCUCUCUGCCCGGUGGAUGGCCUGUGGACCGAGUGGAGUAAGUGGUCCACCUGUGGGACCGAGUGCACCCACUGGAGGAGGCGGGAAUGCGGCGCGCCGGCACCCAAAAACGGUGGCAAGGACUGCGAGGGCACGGUGCUGCAGUCCAAGAACUGCACGGACGGCCUUUGCAUGCAGAGUUCCUUAUAUCAGAAGUCAGCUGACGCUAAAGGAAAGCUUGAUUUGGGAAAUACAUUGGCCCCCAGCACGGACGACGUGGCGCUCUACGUGGGCAUCGUCAUCGCCGUGAUCAUGUGCCUGGUCAUCUCCGUGGUGGUGGCGCUCUUCAUCUACCGGAAGAACCACCGCGACUUCGACUCGGACAUCACGGACUCGUCGGCCCUCAACGGAGGCUUCCAGCCGGUCAGCAUCAAGACGGCGCGAAAAGCCGACCUCCUGACGGCGCCCCCCGACUUGACCUCGGCGGCCGCGAUGUACCGGGGCCCCGUCUACGCCCUGCACGACGUGGCCGACAAAAUCCCCAUGACCAACUCCCCGCUGCUGGACCCUCUCCCCAACCUCAAGAUCAAGGUGUACAACUCCUCCGGCCUGGUGACUCCGCAGGACGACCUGGGGGGCGAGCUGUCCUCCAAGCUCUCGCCCAAGCUGCCGCACUGCCUGCUGGACAACGUCGACGGCACCAUCGGCCGCCGGACCCAGACCCUGCUGCGCUCCAGGGACCCCUCCUGCACCGCGGUGGGCUCCUUCAGCUCGCAGGGCGGGCACCUCAUUGUCCCCAACUCAGGUGUGAGUCUGCUCAUCCCGGCAGGAGCCAUCCCACAAGGUCGUGUGUACGAAAUGUACGUGACCGUCCAGAGGAAAGAAACCUUGAGGCCCUCGGUGGAGGACGGGCAAGCGGUUUUGAGCCCCGUGGUGAGCUGCGGCCCGCCGGGGGCCCUCCUGACCCGGCCCCUGGUCCUCACCAUGCACCACUGCGCCGUGUCCGACGGACAGCAGGACUGGCUGAUCCAGCUCAAGAGCCAGUCGCCGCAGAACAUGUGGGAGGACGUGGUCGUGGUGGGCGAGGAGAACUUCACCACGCCGUGCUACGUCCAGAUGGACGAGGAGGCCUGCCACAUCCUGACGGAGACGCUGGGCACGUACUGCCUGGUGGGCCAGUCGCUCAGCGCCGCCACCACCAAGCGCCUCAAGCUGGCCAUCUUCGGGCCGCUCACCUGCCCCGCCGCCGAGUACCACAUCCGGGUCUACUGCCUGGACGACACGCAGGACGCGCUCAAGGAAGUCCUCCAAAUGGAGAAGCAGAUGGGGGGGAAGUUGCUGGACGAACCAAAGACGCUCAACUUCAGCGACAGCACCCACAACCUGAGGCUUUCCAUUCACGACGUUCCGCACGCGCUGUGGAAAAGCAAACUGCUGGCCAAGUAUCAGGAGCUGUGUUUCCAGCAAGUGUGGGACGGCUCCCAGAGGAACCUCCACUGCUGCUUCACCCUGGAGCGCUUCUCUGGCGCCACCGUGGACCUGGCCUGCAAGAUUUGCGUCCGCCAGGUGGAGGGCGAAGGUCAGAUCUUUCAGCUGGACACCACGCUCUCAGAGGACUCCCAGAGCAUCGACACGUCCCUGCUGGACCCGGCCAGCAACAUCACCACGCUGGUGGGGCCCAACGCCUUCCGCAUCCCCGUCUCCGUCCGCCAGAAGCUGUGCGGCAGCCUGGACGCGCCGCAGACCCGCGGCAACGACUGGAGGAUGCUGGCCCACAAGCUCAACCUGGACAGAUAUCUGAACUACUUCGCCACCAAGUCCAGCCCGACGGGGGUCAUCCUGGACCUGUGGGAGGCGCAGCACUUCCCCGACGGCAACCUGAGCCGCCUGGCCCAAGUCCUGGAGGAGAUGGGCCGCCACGACGGCCUGGUACCCGCGAGCGACCACUGACGGCGUUCUCGACCCUCGCGAGGUCGUCGGAAGAGCGGCGCCGGCUGGGGGUAUUCAUGGCACCGGUCGCCAUGGAAACAGGCCUCGCCAUUUUUGUAAUUUUUUUCCACGAGAAAGAAUCGCGAUACCGCCG